UGGCCGCAAACACAGGAGUCACUGCGGAAAGGUUCAGCCCUGAUUAAUCGUGCAACAAGUGCGCUGACUUUUAAGGAGCUAGAGGUUUGGCAGCAAAACUUUUGGAAUGGGGGUGUAAGACGGGGAGUGAGCAAGCUGAGGUCGAGUUUCCGAUGCACGGCUUAUAUAUUUGUAAGGUGAAAGGCUGCAGCCAUUCCUAUUGUCAUUAGUAGUUGUUUUGGGCUCCAGCAGGAAGCCGUUCCAGGAACCCUCAACGUGUCCGGAAAGGUAGAGGCACGGCUUGAGCCUCGGUGACUGGGCAGCCUGUGAGGAAAGCGCGCGGCUCGGGGAAGUGAAAAGGGAAGUGAGAGAGCGCUGCCAGGAGGAUGUUGGAUCCGUCUUCCAGCGACGAUGAGCCCGAGGACUUGCUGGAGGAAGACGCGCCAGAUGUGCUGGUGGCAUCGAGCGGUGGAACUAGCCAGUGGGACGCCAGGGACAACGCUGCCCGCUCAACCCUGCCCAGACCUGCCAGUCCCAGUCCGUCGGUGCGGAGCGAGGGCAGAGAAGAGCAGGAGAGACUGCAGAAGGAAGAGAAGGAGAGAAAAAGCAGACUACAGCUCUAUGUCUUUGUCAUGAGAUGCAUCGCUUACCCGUUCAAUGCCAAGCAACCUACCGAUAUGGCCAGGAGACAGCAGAAGCUGAAUAAGCAGCAGCUGCAGACUAUAAGGGAAAGAUUCCAAUCAUUCCUUAAUGGAGAAACACAGAUUGUGGCUGAUGAAGCAUUUUGCAAUGCUGUAAGAAGCUAUUAUGAAGUGUUCUUGAAAAGUGAUCGAGUUGCCAGAAUGGUUCACAGUGGAGGAUGCUCUUCUAAUGACUUCAGAGAAGUUUUCAAAAAAAACAUAGAAAAACGAGUCAGAAGUUUGCCAGAAAUUGAUGGUCUAAGCAAAGAAACAGUGUUAAGCUCGUGGAUUGCUAAAUAUGAUUCAAUAUACAGAGGAGAAGAAGAUCUUCGCAAACCUCAGAACAGGAUGGCACUAAGUUCUGUAUCAGAACUUAUACUUAGUAAAGAACAACUAUAUGAAAUGUUUCAGCAAAUCUUGGGAAUAAAAAAACUUGAGCAUCAGUUGCUAUACAAUGCCUGUCAGCUGGAUAAUGCAGAUGAACAAGCAGCUCAGAUUAGAAGAGAGCUUGAUGGACGUCUACAAAUGGCAGAUCGAAUGGCAAAGGAAAGGAAGUUAUCAAAAUUUUUAACCAAAGAAAUGGAGAGUAUGUACAUAGAAGAAUUGAGAUCUUCAGUGAAUUUACUAAUGGCAAAUUUAGAAAGUCUUCCUGUGUCCAAAGGGGGCCCUGAAUUUAAGCUGCAAAAGUUAAAGCGAACACAGAAUCCAACAUUUUUGGACAUAGGUGAUGAAAAUGAUGUUCAGCUGUCAAAAUCAGAUGUGGUAUUAUCCUUCACUUUAGAGAUUGUUAUUAUGGAAGUGCAAGGUCUUAAAUCAAUUGCACCAAAUCGUAUAGUGUACUGCACAAUGGAAGUAGAAGGUGGGGAGAAACUUCAAACAGACCAAGCAGAGGCCUCAAGACCACAGUGGGGAACACAAGGAGAUUUCACUACAACACACCCACGCCCAAUUGUAAAAGUAAAGCUUUUCACAGAAAGUACUGGAGUUUUGGCACUUGAGGAUAAAGAACUUGGAAAAGUAAUACUAAGACCAACAUCCAACAGUUCCAAGUCACCAGAGCUACAUAAAAUGAUAGUAACUAAACACAGUCAAGAUUCAGAUCUGAAGAUAAAACUGGCAGUAAGAAUGGAUAAACCACCUCACAUGAAGCACAGUGGAUAUUUGUAUGCAAUGGGGCAGAAAGUUUGGAAGCGCUGGAAAAAACGGUACUUUGUUCUAGUACAGGUAAGCCAGUAUACAUUUGCAAUGUGCAACUACAGAGAAAAGAAAUCGGAACCUCAAGAGCUGAUGCAGCUUGAAGGAUACACUGUGGAUUACACAGAUCCUCAGCCAGGUCUGAAGGGUGGCCAUAUGUUCUUUAAUGCGGUCAAAGAAGGAGACACCGUUAUUUUUGCGAGUGAUGAUGAACAGGAUAGAGUCCUAUGGGUGCAAGCAAUGUACAGAGCAACAGGGCAAUCAUAUAAGCCCAUUGUUUCAAAUCAGGCACAAAAAAUAAAUCCCAAAGGACCGAAUGCUCAACCAGACACAACUCAGAACUAUACAGACCGUGCCCAAAGACAUGGCAUGGAUGAAUUUAUAUCCGCUAAUCCCUGCAGAUUUGAUCAUGCCUCCCUCUUUAAAGUCCUUCAACAACAGACACUGGAUCACCGAUUAAAUGAUUCCUAUUCUUGUCUGGGUUGGUUCAGUCCUGGUCAGGUUUUUGUAUUAGAUGAAUACUGUGCACGAUAUGGCGUUCGUGGUUGCCAUCGACACCUCUGCUACCUUAAGGAAUUAAUUGAGCAUGCUGAAUCUGGGGCUGUGAUUGACCCAACACUGCUUCAUUACAGCUUUGCAUUCUGUGCAUCUCAUGUUCAUGGAAACCGGCCAGAUGGAAUUGGAACAGUAUCAAUGGAAGAAAAGGAACGCUUUGAAGCUAUUAAAGGACAACUUGCUUCACUUUUACAGAACCAGAUAAGCCAUUUUAGAUACUGUUUUCCUUUCGGAAGGCCAGAAGGUGCUUUGAAAGCUACGCUAUCAUUAAUGGAAAGGGUUUUAAUGAAGGACAUUGCAACUCCUAUACCUGCAGAAGAAGUGAAGAAAAUUGUGAGACAGUGCCUUGAAAAUGCAGCUCUAAUCAAUUAUACUCGCCUUGCAGAAUUUGCAAAAAUAGAAGCAGCAGCAAAGGAAUCAGAGUCGAUGAACCAAGAAUAUCCUUCUAAAAAACUGGAAGAUGUCAUUAAUCUUGCUGAACUAUGCAUUGAAGUACUGCAACAAAAUGAAGAACAUCAUUCGGAGGGAAAAGAGGCAUUCUCAGGGUGGCCAGAUUUAUUGGCUGAACAUGCAGAGAUAUUUUUGGCCUUGUUUUCUGUUGAUAUGAAUUCAGCACUAGAGUGUCAACCUCAAGAUUCCUGGGAGAGCUUUCCUUUAUUCCAGCUGCUCAAUAAUUUUCUCAGAAAUGACCCGCUUCUAUGCAAUGGAAAAUUUCACAAGCAUGUUCAAGAAUGCUUUAUGCCACUUGUCAUUCGUUAUAUUGACCUCAUGGAGUCCUCCAUUGCACAGUCAAUUCACAAAGGGUUUGAACAAGAAUCAUGGCAACCAGUCAAGAGCAUCACCAACAAUCUUCCUACUGUGCCUCUUCCAAAAGUUCCAAGCUUGACUCUUAAUCUUCCACAGAUACCUAGCUUUUCGGCACCAUCCUGGAUGGCUUCUUUAUAUGAUUCCAAUAAUGGCUCUGCAACUUCUGAAGAUCUGUUCUGGAAACUUGAUGCAUUGCAAGUGUUUGUACAAGAUCUCCAUUGGCCAGAGCCUGAAUUUGCAAACCACUUGGAACAGCGUCUCAAACUUAUGGCAAGUGAUAUGAUAGAAGCCUGUGUUAAAAGGACAUGGACAGCUUUUGAGCUUAAGUUGCAGAGGACAAAUAAAUCUACUGACUUUCGAAUCUCUGCGUCUGUUUGUACUAUGUUCAAUGUAAUGGUCGAUGCCAAAAAGCAGUGUGUGAAACUAUGUGUUCUUGAUGGUGGGCAAGAGUUGUGUCCCCAGUGGCAACAAUAUCACUCUAAAAUAGAUGAUUUAAUUGAGGAAACUGUUAAAGAAAUCAUAUCACUCUUGGUUUCCAAGUUCAUCUCCGUCCUUGAAAGUGUGCUGUCUAAGCUGGCAAAAUAUGAUGAAGGCACACUCUUCUCAUCAAUACUUUCCUUCACCGUGAAAGCUGCUUCAAAGUAUGUGGAAGUACCGAAACCAAGCCUGGACCUAGCAGACACUUAUAUCACGUUUGUUCGUCAAAACCAGGACAUUUUACGGGAAAAGGUUAAUGAAGAAGUCUACAUAGAGAAGUUUUUUGAUCAAUGGUACAACAGCUCCAUAAAAGUCAUAUGCGUGUGGCUGGCUGACAGACUAGAUCUUCAACUGCAUGUUUAUCAGCUAAAAACCAUCAUCAAGAUUGUUAAGAAAACCUACAGAGACUUCAGGCUGCAAGGUGUGAUGGAUGGAACACUGAAUAAUAAAACGUACGAGACUGUUCACAACCGUUUAACAGUGGAAGAGGCCACGGUUGCCGACUCUGAUAGAGGAGGGCUUCAGGGAGUUACAAUGAAAGACAGCGAUGGUGAAGAUGAUUGACAUCCCAUAUGUACUCACCUAUAAAUGUUAGCACAUUUCCUCAUUUCAUGUCGUUGGUUCAGUUUGAAAAAUAAAUGUAUUACUGUAGACAAACAAACGCAACCUACAGUUAUUUGGGAUUCCAUGUUCACACAAGUAAUAGUCUGAAGAUGUUGGCCACAAACAGCAGUGUUUAGAAGGUAAUGGAUUGCAACAAAUACUGUUUUGCCUGGGAUUUUUUUUGUUUGUUUGUUUUUUUUUUAAUGGGCAGUUGCAAAAAAUGAAAGUGAGCAGGGAUUGGCACUCCAGUUGCUAUGGUACAAACAUGGAAUCUGUUAUCUGGAAUCCUGGGAAAUAAGACCUUGUUAUUUCAAAUAGUGUCAUCUUUGUUCCUAUGAUUUGUAAUGUAUGCAUUUGCUUUUUCUCUCUUUUAAUAUAUUAUCUAAUCUAGCAUACAUUUUCGGUGAUUGUAAAAAAAAUAAAAAAAUCCCUUUGAUUUUUUUUUUUUUUGUUUAAAUUCUAUUAGCGGCCUUAAGGUGUGGUCUCUUAUUGGGAUAGACCCCAGGUCCAAUCAUUCUGGAUAAUCGUUAUAAAAGUAAUUUUUUUUCUACAGGGUUUCCUUCUCCUUUAAGAACAAUUAAAGUAAAGCAGUAGGUUAUUUAUUGGGAUAAUUCCUUUCCUAUAAAUAACAUGUAAAAUCUUCUCUCAAGACCAUGAAUUUCUUACUAAGAGUGUUGCUCUGUUGUAGAAAAUACCUCUUGUAGGGAAAGGGAACGAAGCAGCAUACCUUGUUACACUAAGGGGUCGAUUCAUCAAGAGUCGAAUAUCGAGGGUUAAUUAA